AUGGCCAAUAACUCCUUCCGGGAUUCGGUCAACUCGUUGGGCUGGUCGCGCAGAGACCCGGAUCUUCCCGUGCGCACCAAUGCCUCCCAGGACACUUCGGUCUUUUCGCGACUGCAGUCGUUGAAUCCAUUCGGUCAAGGUGGUUAUGUCCAGCUCCCUACCCAUAACGAAGGGCCCGGUGCUCCACUACCGGCACCAAAUAGACAACAAGAAGAAGAGGGUUUCUUUGCCUUAAGUCGAUGGGAUCGGAUGCUCAUUUUCGCUGCCUGUAAUCUGGGCGCCGCCGUCUGCUUCCUGAUCUGCUUCUUCCUAUUUCCCGUUUUAACGCUCAAGCCUCGAAAAUUCGCGGUUCUUCAUAUCUCACACUGGCAUGAUCCUGGUCAUGAGCGGGCGUUUUGCUCAGGCAUGUGCGAGUUCGCAAUCGACUCACUUGCAUCUCAUUCGCCAGCACCGCAACUAUGUCCUGCGCCUCAUGCCAAGAACUUCGCAAAACAAGAUCUCCAGGAUAUUUCCAUGCUAAUACUUCUACCUAGCUGGUCCGUCGGAUCCGUUCUGUUCCUAAUAUCAUGGGCGGUUCUCAUGGGACCGUGGUCGUACGCUAAGCAUCUGAUCUCGGGAUCACGGCUCCCCUUCACGGCCGCCUAUUUCGGCUCGAUCGGGCUGACACUCUACUUCGCCAUCGGGCGCCAAAACCUCUUCCUCACCCUCAUCUCCUCCAUCUGCCAACUCGUCGCUCUGGUGUGGUACCUCGUUAGCUACUUCCCAAUGGGCAGCACCGGCUUGCAAUACGUGGGCCGCUUUGGAGUGAACCGUGUUUCUGCUUGGGUUUCCGGUUGA